UCCUUGUUUCACUCUCCUUCUCUUUCUCUAUAGUCUUCCUCAUUAUUCUCUCUCCGAGCUUCACUCUGUUCACCUCUGCAAAAGGGAGAAAAAAAUGGGGUUUUCUUCCUUUCUGGGUCGCGUUCUCUUUGCCUCCCUCUUCAUCCUUUCGGCAUGGCAGUUGUUUAAUGAAUUUGAUGCCAAUGGUGGACCCAUUUCGAAGGAGUUGAUUCCCAAGCUCACUGUUGUGAAGAAAAAUUUGUCCUCCAAAUUGGGGGUAGCACUACCAGAUAUUGAUGCCCGGCAAUUCAUUUCUGUUAUCAUAUUUCUCAAGGGGGUUGGUGGGAUUUUGUUUGUGUUUGGCAGCACAUUUGGAUCUUUUCUACUGCUCUUACAUUUGGCGCUUACCACUCCACUUUUGUACGAUUUCUACAACUAUAGACCUGGAAAGCCCAAGUAUAAUCAUCUGCUGAAUGAAUUCAUGCUGAACACGGCACUUUUUGGGGCAUUGCUAUUCUUUAUUGGAAUGAAGAACUCAAUUCCCAGGAGUCAGCUCAGGAAGAAGACCCCUAAAGCGAAGACAGUUUAGAAAAAUAGAGUAAAAGAAGUACUAGUUUGUCAGAGUGCUUAGUUUCGGCAUUCAGUAUUUGAUCUUCAGCUGAGUUUGGAAUAGUUACUUAGACUUUAUUAAGAUGAUUUUUGUUUAUUUGUCAGAUGGACCAUAUUUUGAUUAUUGGCAUGCUUCCCCUUUUACUUGCAA